AGCAAGUCCCACAGACCAAGAUCAAAUCCGACGCUAGCGAAGAAGCAGCACUUUGUUUACACCGGGCUGAACAGUAGCACCGUACCCAUAUUCAUCGCAACUUCAGCUUCUCUCGCAGUGCUCUUUCGAGUACUUGCGCCAUUUCCUCCCUUCACUUUCAAUUCUUCCACCUCGAAAGAGCACGAUGACCGAAGCCACCGCCCCACUCGUUGAGCCUACCAGCGCAUCGCCGACGAGCCGGGCACACCACAAGGCGCUGCUGAGUUCUGCGCGCGAGACGCCCAAGCUAAACCCGCUACCAGCGCUCACUUGUGCGAAUCUCGCGCCGUUGACAUCUACCAUAACUCGCGACCGCUCGCCGCCCUCGUCCAUAGAAUUCCUCUCAAACCUGGACCAGAUUCGCAUCGUUGACACUCAGACAAGCACGCGCGACGGAGCCACACUGUACGUUGUGGAGAGCUACACACUUUCCUACUCCACAUCCAACAUCCAUAUCAUGCGGAACUCCUCGACGCCGCCGACACAGCUCCGGCCGCCACUAUCUUCCGUGUCUCAAUUGACCCCAACAACCGCUUCGACGACGGAGCAUGAGACCCCCGAGCGUUACCCAGAGCUGUGUGCUCGACGCCGGUUCUCGGACUUCGCUCGACUUCGACACGAGGCGAUGGAAGCCUCGUGCAUGAACGCGCAUUUCUUGUGCCAAUAUUGCCGCCAGCUCCGGACGUACAUCAGGUCCCACAUCACACAACCGCUUUGGUUCGUGCGUGUCGUGACCACCAAGAAGCAACGUAAGAAGAUCCUAGAGCGGUUUCUAUCGGAUCUCGUAGACUUCGCACAGUCGCGAGCUCAACGUCAUCGACACUGCCGACUGCGCCAGACACUGCCAAAGCUCAUUGAGGAGUUUCUAAGUGACUAACCAUGUAAAAUAACGACGUAGAGACAAGAAGAUCACGCGAUGAAUAUCUGCUAAGGCUUAUUAUCCAUCUAUACGAGAUACACGUACAUUGCGUGUCAUUCCAGAAAGCGAUGUUGCGAAGAGAUGGCUACAUAUAAAAAAAAUUGUGACAAUGUUUGAAGUGUACCA